AUGCUCUACACUGUUUUAUCUGUACUCAGCCAAAUUUACUGCGAUGGUCCAAUCCUCAGGACGGUGCAGGACUCGUUCAUGUUCCCUGAUUCCAAACAUUUCGUCGACAUGUCGUUGAAAUUCGAUCCAAGUCUGUUCUUAACUUAA